GUUUUUAACACUGAGCAUGUUUUUUCUACCACAGUUACAUUUUAUAUAGUCCAUAUUUAUUAUUUCAUUUCAUUUUUCUAUAAAGCUCAUUUUUACAUUUACCGAUUUCUUUUAGCUUACGCUGAAGACGAACAGGAAUGUGAUGCAUGCAUGCAUCAGUGAAAAUGCAAACAUCAUCCAGAAAGGGUCAAUACUCAUAUCGGUGACGUGCUCACUGUCAGGCAUUGGCCCUAAACACCAUAUAACUUUUGUUGUAUUUUAGAGGAAAUACAUUGGGUAUUUAAAAAGAAAAGACCUGCAGUCAGAAUCGAAUUAUAGGAAGUCUUGGAAUAGUUGUACACGGCUGAUAGGUGACAUUUAUAACAUGUUUUCCAAGCUGCUUUCGGUGCCACGUCCUAAUAUGUAAAGCACCCGAGGGAGGCAGGGGGGAGGAGCAGAGAGGCAGCAGGUAGAAGAUCACGUGGUCCCACAGGUAGGCGCAGUACUUAACGGGAGGGGGGACGCGCAGCCAUUACUGUGAGAUGGUGACUGCGGGAGGUUUCACUUCAACACUGUCAUACUCUCGGAGCUCACCUUUACGCUCAGGUGGAGACUUUUUUUAUUCACCUCCCCCCUCCCGCUUGUCGCCACUGUCACCCUGGUGUAGUUUAGUGUAGUAUUCUCUUGUAGUUUUUAUUAGUUAGUCAGUUAGUUAGCGGUGCUGGUGUUCAGAUGACGGCGCAGGUAGACUACCUGGCGGUGUUUUUCACCGCCACAUCUGGCGCCUGUGGAGAGCUGCUGGGGUCCGACGAGAAGGAGCUGGUGCAGUUGGUUUGGCAGUUGGUGGAUGUCAAGAACAAAAAGUUGGGCAGGGUGAAUGAGCUCCACAUAAAGCCUGACCCCACAGACCUGACAGAGGAAAAGGAAGAGCAGCUGGAGGAGGAGGAGAAGGAGGAGGAUGUGUCAGAGGAGACAGUUGAAGAGAACAGAUUGGAGGCCGACUGCGUCUCUGCAUCCAACAGCUUUGAGUCAGCCCUAAACCAAUUUCACCUACAGCUGACAAAUGAAGUAAACAGCGCGGGCGCAGGCACGUCAGUCUGCUUGUGUACAGACGGGCAACUCCACAUCCGCCAAGUGAUUCACCCUGAGGCUGCGAGCAAGAACAUCCUGGUGCCAGACUGCUUCUACUCCUUCACCGACCUUCGAAAAGAGUUUAAGAAGCACUUCCCCUCAUCCGACCUCAAGGCUUUGAAUGUACAUGUCAUGGCAGAAUCUCUGAGUAUACCUGUUGAUCUGCCCCCCGCAUGGGACCCCUCAUCUACCCAAGAUCCUUUAGCCACCUUGCCUGCAACAGUUGCAGUACAGCAGGUCCAGACUAUGUCCAACAUCGUCCUCGCACUGCUUUCUGAACCAUUCUGUCACACCUUUUCUACUCCCGAGCGAGUUAAUGAAAAGUUUGAGACUGGAACUUGCAGUAAGAUGGAGAAAGUGUGCGACAACACGGUGAUCAGAGCCCGAGGGUUGCCAUGGCAGUCAUCUGACCAGGAUAUUGCUCGCUUCUUCAGAGGACUCAACAUUGCCAAAGGGGGGGCUGCUCUGUGUCUGAAUGCUCAGGGGAGAAGGAAUGGAGAAGCGCUGGUUCGUUUUGUCAGUGAAGAGCAAAGAGACCUGGCGCUGCAGAGACACAAACACCAUAUGGGCAACAGAUACAUAGAGGUUUACAAAGCAACAGGAGAAGACUUCCUGAAAAUAGCCGGAGGAACGUCCAACGAGGUGGCGAUGUUCCUGUCCCGUGAGGACCAGAUCAUAGUGAGGAUGCGGGGUCUUCCUUUCACCGCCACACACGAGCAGGUUCUCAGCUUCUUCUCCCCGGAAGACGGUCUCAAAGACAUGUGUCCUGUCAGCGGAGGGAAGGAUGGCAUUCUGUUUGUCCACUACCCGGAUGGACGUCCCACAGGCGAUGCCUUUGUCUUGUUCGCCUGCGAGGAGCACGCCCAGUGUGCACUGAAGAAGCACAAGGAAAUCCUGGGGAAACGAUACAUUGAGUUGUUCAAGAGUACGGCUGCAGAAGUCCAACAGGUGUUGAAUCGCUACUCAUCGGCCCCUCUGAUCUCCGUGGCCCCCCCUCCUUUGGUGUCAGUCCUCCCCACCGUGUCUCUUCUUCCUCCCCCUGGUGGUUUAAGGGACUGCUUGAGGUUGAGAGGACUGCCUUACACAGCGAGCAUAGAGGACAUCCUCACCUUCCUGGGCGAGUUCACACAUGAUAUCAGACCACAUGGCGUGCACAUGGUCCUCAACCAGCAGGGUCGUCCAUCCGGCGACUGUUUCAUCCAGAUGACCACGGCAGAGCGAGCACUUCAGGCCUCUCAGCGGCUUCACAAGCACAUCAUGACCAGCCAGCGGGGGGCAAACAGCCGCUAUGUGGAGGUCUUCCCCUGCAGCGCUGAGGAGAUGGGCCUGGUGCUGAUGGGCGGCUCGCUCUCACACACACAUGCACACACACACAACCGGAGCAGGAGUGGGACAGGGCUCAGCCCACCGCCAUGUAAGUCCAGACGUUUAUCUCCCCCAUCGUACUCCUUCACUCCUGCACAGCCUGUGUUCCCCACAGAGGCCGCCGCCUCUGCCCUCUACCCUCCCAUAGGUCAGGUGUUAUUGACCCAUCGGCCUCUCCCACCAGGACAUGCCUACUACCCCAGCACAGCUCAGCUAUACAUGAACUACACAGCUUACUACCCCAGUCCUCCUGGCUCACCUACCACCGUAGGAUUCUUCCCCUCCCCCUCCUCCCUCUCCUCUCCAGGGGGGUUGGUGCGUAUGCCGGGUUUGACCUACGGCAGCAGCGGGGUCAAAGAGCUCAUUAACGCAGUGCAGGGGUACCAGAGUCCUCUGGAGUCGACGUCUCUCCUGGGCAGCAGUCUGAUUGGUCAGUCCAGUGGAGGUGACGCUCUCAUGUCCCUUCCUGCUAUGGUUACCAAGCCAGCGGGACAGUACCUGGACCUGACCCUGCUGUAGGGUCACAGACAAACCAAGGUCAUGUGACAGUGACAUCUGAUGUAUUGUUAGCUAGUUUUUUUUUAAAAUAGUCUUUUAGAUGUGUUAUUUAUAUGUUUAAGAACAGAAAUUAUUGUAUUUUAUACCAAAAUCAUUGUGACCCAAAAAAAUAGCAGUUUUGUCUUAUAUUGCACAGUGUGUAUUGUAAAAGCUUUAUAAUGAUUUUUUUUAAAGAAACAAGUUAUUAUUAAGAUAUUAUAAUAGGGAUGUCCGAUAAUAUCGGCCUGAUAUUAGCAUAUUAUGUAAUGUCUGUAAGCAUUGUUAUCGGGUUUUCAUUAUCGGAUUCU